CUCCGUCAAGUCACAAGAAUUCUCCCGAAGUACAUACGCAACCUGAGCUGUAUGUUAAAGGCCCUGCGCGUAGCCAACCGGCUGCUCGGAAUGAGCUCUAAAUACUGAGUUGGAUUUACUGCUCCAAUCUGUUCAUGGCGCACGCCAUUUUUUUGUGUCUAUCAUCUCGGUGAAUCGCCGAGUGAUGGUAAGAUACUUUGCAGGCGGGAAAAGUUGUCACUUUGCAUAUGAGAUUUUGGACACUCGGCACCCUUGCGAUGGCACACCUAAGCCCCCACGCAACAACAACAACAAUAACGACCUAUGUAUCUCUUGGGUGUCUUGGCUCAAAUUAACCACAUAUGCGGAGGAGUCACAGGUUCCGAGCGCGCGCGCUGCGAGGAAGCGGGGUGACCGGAGGAGGUGGAGGUGGUGGUGGCUGAAGCGGCCCUGCCACGUCGACAUAGGGAGGCGAGUUGGUGGAGAAGAGACGUCUCUGGAGUUCGCCGAAAUGCACCCUACAGUCCCAUCCGUUCGUGUGAAAUCUCGUGAGAGCUCCCCCCUCAACGAAGCCAAAGCUUCUCCGACGUGCCGACGUCUGUGCUACCGGUCAGUCGAGGUCACCCUAGCGAGGGGGGCAGAUUGCUGUGGCAUCAGGGGAGUUGUAUUGCCUCUCACCGAAAGUCCUGCAGAAAGCACGGCCAACCAACCGCGAAGCCGUGACCUUUCUGCGGACUCCGGAGCAGUGGGCACUCCGGAGUCUGCGAUUGCUGCAAGCCACAAAUAGGAGAGGACUAGGGACUUCCCGUAAGUGUCCAG